CGCUUUUGGAGAUCGUUAAACUGGUAAUUGACGAAAGUGCUCCUGACCUGACCCGCAUUGCUAUUAGAACGAAACAACAAAGGAUUCGUCGUAUGGGCCAUUUUAAAACCCGGAAAAGAAUUAAUUCACUUUUGCCAUUGCAGCAAUUAUGUCGAAUCGCCCUGAGUUAAAGGUUGACGACGAGCAAGGCUUCAUCAAGUUCUUCAAAUCCCUCCCCACCGAAGGCAGCGAGACGAUCCGCAUCUUCAACCGCGGCGACUACUACACCGCCCACGGCGAAGAUGCCUCCUUCAUCGCCCGCACCGUCUACAAGACGACCUCCGUCCUGCGCCAGCUCGGCCGCAACGACCACACCGGCCUUCCCUCCGUCACCAUGACCGUGACUGUCUUCCGAAACUUCCUGCGCGAGGCGCUGUUCCGGCUGGGGAAGAGGAUAGAGGUCUGGGAGAGCACGGGGCGCAUGCAGUGGAAGGUUGGGAAGCAGGCGUCGCCGGGGAAUCUUCAGGAUAUUGAGGAUGAGCUGGGUGGACAGAUUGAUGCUGCGCCUAUUAUGCUGGCUGUUAAGGUGUCGGCUAAGGCUUCGGAGGCAAGGAAUGUGGGCGUUUGCUUCGCUGACGCUAGUGUGCGAGAGUUGGGUGUGAGCGAGUUUCUCGAUAACGACCUGUACUCGAAUCUCGAGUCGCUCCUCAUCCAACUGGGUGUCAAGGAGUGUUUGAUUCAAGUCGAUAAGUCGAAUAAGGAUAUUGAGAUUUCGAAACUGAAGGCGAUUAUUGAUAGCUGUGGGAUUGCGGUCUCAGAACGCCCAAUUACGGAUUUUGGAACGAAAGAUAUCGAGCAAGACCUGGCACGCAUUUUGAAAGACGAAGCGGCGUCGGGAGCGUUACCACAGACGGACUUGAAACUAGCUAUGGGGUCUGCGGCGGCGCUGAUCAAAUACCUUGGAAUCUUACACGACCCGUCAAAUUUUGGUCAAUACCAGCUCUAUCAACACGACCUGGCACAAUUCAUGAAGCUGGACUCCUCAGCCCUAAAGGCUUUGAACCUCAUGCCUGGCCCAAGAGAUGGCUCGAAGACAAUGAGUCUCUUUGGGCUCCUGAACAACUGCAAGACUGCGGUUGGCACUAGGCUUCUGGCGCAGUGGCUAAAACAACCGCUUAUGAGCAAGGAUGAGAUCGAGAGGAGACAGAUGCUAGUAGAAAGCUUUGUUGAGGACACCGAGCUGCGACAGACAAUGCAGGAAGAACAUCUCCGUUCGAUACCCGACUUGUAUAGGCUAGCGAAGCGGUUCCAGAAGAAAAUGGCCAACCUGGAGGAUGUAGUAAGAGCAUAUCAGGUUGUUAUUAGGCUACCUGGCUUUAUCGGAACUUUGGAAGGAGUUAUGGACGACAAGUACAAGGAUAUCCUUGACGACGCAUAUACUCUUAAGAUCAGAGAAUAUUCGGAGAGCCUCUCCAAGUUACAGGAGAUGGUUGAAACGACGGUGGACUUAGACGCCAUGGAUCGCCACGAGUUCAUCAUCAAGCCAGAGUUUGACGAUAGCCUCCGCAUCAUCCGAAAGAAUCUUGAUAAGCUAAAGUAUGAUAUGGAGAAAGAGUCUCAAAGUGUAUCAGACGAUCUCGAUCAGGAACUCGACAAGAAGCUAUUCUUGGAAAACCACAGGACACACGGCUGGUGCCUGCGGUUGACAAGGACAGAGGCAGCUUGUAUCCGCAACAAAAAGCGGUACUUGGAAUGCUCGACGCAGAAGAACGGCGUCUACUUCACAACGAAUGCGUUACAGAGCAUGAGGCGGGAGCAUGAUCAGCUUUCGGAGAAUUAUAACCGCACCCAAAGCAGCUUGGUUAACGAGGUUGUCAGCGUCGCUGCAUCCUACUGUCCUGUUAUUGAGCUGUUGGCUGGCGUUCUUGCGCACUUAGAUGUGAUUGUCAGCUUCGCUCACGUUUCCGUUCACGCUCCUACGGCCUACACAAAGCCCAAGAUGCAUGAACGAGGAACUGGCGAUACUAUACUCAAGGAGGCCCGCCAUCCAUGUAUGGAGAUGCAAGAUGAUAUCCAGUUCAUAACAAACGAUGUCUCGCUGAUCCGCAAAAAGUCCGAGUUUUUAAUCAUCACCGGUCCGAAUAUGGGCGGUAAGUCGACCUAUAUCCGCCAGAUCGGCGUUAUCGCACUGAUGGCUCAAAUCGGCUGCUUUGUUCCCUGCACAACAGCAGAAUUGACCAUUUUCGACUGCAUCCUCGCUCGUGUCGGUGCCAGCGAUUCUCAGCUCAAGGGCGUGUCGACCUUCAUGGCCGAGAUGUUGGAGACUGCCAAUAUCCUGAAGUCCGCAACCUCCGAAUCACUCAUUAUAAUAGACGAGCUCGGCCGCGGAACAAGCACGUAUGAUGGAUUUGGCCUCGCCUGGGCUAUUUCAGAGCACAUCGUCAAGGAAAUCGGCGCGUUCAGCAUGUUUGCGACUCACUUCCACGAAUUGACGGCACUCGCAGACGAGUUCCCACAGGUCUCUAACUUGCACGUUGUUGCUCAUAUUGGUGACGGCCCGCAAUCAGAUGGCAAGGGCGACAAACGGGAAGUUACCCUCCUAUACAAGGUGGAAGACGGAGUCUGCGACCAAAGUUUUGGUAUCCAUGUCGCGGAGCUCGUUCGAUUCCCGGAGAAGGUCGUGAAUAUGGCGAAGCGGAAGGCAGAUGAGUUAGAGGACUUUACUGGCAAGCAUGAAAAUGACGCGGUGAAGGUUAAGAGGGAGGAUGUGGAAGAUGGAAGUACCAUGCUGAAAGAGCUUCUGAAGACUUGGAAGAGCCAGUGCGAGAGUGAAGGCUUGAAGGGGGAUGAUAUGGUGGCUAGGAUGAAGGAGUUGGUUAUGGCGGAUAAAAAGCUGCUCGACAGCCCAUUCUUCCAGAGUGUGAAGGCUCUAUGAGUGUGAGGGACACGGUGUUUGGAGUUGUGAAAUAUAGCUGAGUAGGGGAUAUAUCAUACGAUCAUGUUGGCUUAUGGAAUGCUAGACUUGUACAAUUUAAUUCAUUAACUUGGCUUAUGCGAAGGUUAUUGAUGGGGCAAGGUAGACAAAUAAUGAAAUUUGUUUUGGGACCGAUUCAUCCAAGGGGAAGGAACGACUGAGAAAAUUAUCCGUGAACGAUAUCGGUCACACCUUCCAGUUGAGUAUAAAGGCCUGAGUCGUGAGAAGCAGAACAAUAAAAAGACUAGUACCAUUUAUUUGUCUUUCGAACCGAUCUCUAUUCUACCUACAACUAAAUAUUCAUUAUCAUUUAUCCCUAUAACAUCCAUGAGAGCUUCUCUCUUCACUUUUGUGGCUAGUCAUUGGAUAUUGCAGAAUGAGUCGACAUAAUGAGAAUGAAAGCAGGAUAUUCGUCGCAAACAGCCCGACGAUAGCAGAAACCCCAACUGGCGACGACACGAUAACAAGGAGUAGAAACCAGGAAUCGCGCCGAAGCACACAAACCUCAGAUCAGGACUCCCCACUUUAUAUCUCCCCAAAGAAAGCUCGGCGACGACAACAACGCCAGUCAUUAUCUGCAAUCAGUAACAAGUCUAUAAUAACCAAUGACGACGCUGAGAUACACUCUAGAGUUGCAAAUAGGCUCAAUCGAGAGAAGCUCGCAUGGGAAACCAUAAACUCUGAGAUUCUAGAAUGGCAAACUGUCUGCCGAACUGGUCGGCCAAGCUGGUGGUCCCCGACAUCAAGAUGGACGAGUCAAAGAAGGGUUCGAUCGAGAACGAGUAGAGAUGUGGCGGACAUGGGGACAGCUGAUUUUGGUGACAACUGGCCUGCUCCAACCCAACGAUUUCAACAGCAAAAGCACAUGAAAGGCACUUCAGACACCCAAGAACAGGCAUUUAUUACGGCGGUCCAGCUUUUGAGCGUCAGCUUUACGUUGCCUGUAGAGCAAUUCGAGAAUUCUAAGAGCUCAACAAACUUGUACUUCGCCACAGCUUCUGAUGGCGUGCCAGACGCUCGGCUGAUCAGCUCUCUGCGGAUGCACACAGACUAUCGAUGGUCCCCAGCAUUUGGUCAUGAAGCAAGGAGUACCUCGCCUGAAUAUCUCUUCAAAGCAACCCACGGUGGAGAACAGCCAUUAGCAGGACUUGGAGAUGCGCCAGUGUCUCUCGAUCUGAGCUAUUCGGGAAGAAGUCGGAGAUCGAAGCGGAAGAGAAAACGGCAACGGAUACGAUAUGUCACGCCUGCGAAUAGGUCAGGGCAAGAGCAUGUCGAGAAGUUUGAUGGUCACAGGUCUAUCCCGGCUUUGGAAAGCUCUGCUUUGGAUUCGGCAGAAGGGGGCUUCAGUGACUCUACGCAGCAAACGAGGUCUCACCUGAUGCCAGGGCGCAAGGCUCAUAGUUGUCCCGUGAGCCCUACCCUGACUACUGAGCCGGUGUCUCGAGGAACUCGGCUGCAUCAUCUUCCUACCCAAAUCGAGAUAGAUGAACCGCCUGUCCAGACCCCACAGGCGCGUUGGCAGCUAGAGUCUAGUCGAUACACCUUGGAGCCUGCAAUUAGAACAGAACCGCAC